AUGUGGAAGGACGUCAGUAGUCGAUACAAUACUGCUCUUGCUAACUCCCGCGUGUCAGGUACACACGACAACGACUUUUUCUCCUUUUGUUCCGGGAAGAUCGACGUUAUGUACAUGCACGAGUGGCUAAUCAUCAAGCCCGGGGUAUUGGAGACUGUAGAAGGCAAGCUUCCUAAACGCGCCCGGCUGCAAACCAUGGAUACAAGCAGUGACAGCGAAAGCGAGAUUUCGAGAGAGUCCAAGAGGAAGUGCACCCGAUCCAGGUCCAGCCCAAGCAAAGAUGAUAUGGUGUCAGAAAUUUUGGAGACGAUCCGGAGUAGCAACAACUCCGCUGAGGCAUUGGAGAUAGAUUGUCGCUUUGCUCAGCUUGUCUCCACGUUGAGCUCUCUGCUUUCACUACGAGAGCGGAUUAUGAACGCACCAGACGGCUGCUACACAAAAUAUGACCUUCAAGAAGUCAACGAUGAUAUUGAACAUGUUCGAGCUAAGAAGAAAGCGUUGUUAAAAGACCAGUCGGCCGAGUAG